UAUCGAGACACAUCAGCCAGCAAUGCACCGGCCCUCGCGUUUUGAGAGCACAAGACGCGUGUCUGAUGCAGCUGCAGUAAAGCGUCUCAUCGCAGGUCCAUGCAGCACAGAACAAUUACUUAGCAAGGUCAAAGUGGCGUGGGCUAGAAGGUAGUGAGUGGAUUAGACCUCGAAUACUCUCUCCUAUUAUUGAUUGUGGACGUAUUCGGCCAUGUCUAAUGUCUUUCUUGCACAAGAGCUUGGGUGCUUCCAUAAGCUUCUAUCUCGACGCGUGAAUGCGCGUGGUGAAAGCUAGCUCACGUAGGUGGUGGGGCAGGCAACACCGCUGCCAUACACAGUAGUUCGCGCUACUUCAUUGUCCAGCGUCACUGUCUGCGGCGCACCCAUUCUUACUGUCUGACCUAAUUCGAGAGCCUUUUCCUUCCUCCUGCAUACAACAUGGCCGACCAGGAAAUGACAGACCCGCCUCCCCCGGCUCCGGAGCAAGACACAGCCAUGUCUGACGCCGACAAGAUUCGUGCAAAGCGUCUCGCGAAGCUUGGAGGCUCCACUCCGCGACCAUCCUCCACAACGCCCGGUUCGCCCUCAGCAUCUGGUGCCUCGUCGCCCAAGCCGCCAGCUCCCCAAGCACCAUCGCCACAGCCUCGUACGCAGUCGCCACUGACAGGGACUCUGCAAUCGCAGACAGAUGGCAGCACAGCGCCAAAGCCCGCCUCACGCAUCAACAUCAAGUCAGCUGCGACCGCAAGCAGCGCCGUCGCCCCGCCACCUGCACCGAGCCCGCAGGACACCAGUAUUGAAGGGUGGGAGCACCAGAUAAUCAGCGGUAUCUUCAGAAUUACACUCGAUGAAAGGCGCACGCAGGAUGUUCACGGUCACAAGAUCUACCACGCUUCGAGCUUGAAGCAAGAUCUGCAGGACGAGGGCCGGCCGCUUCGGUUUACGACUGAUGUGCUGGAUUCUGUUGUCCUGGAGGCUGCGUCCAGCCACACACAAGGAAACGCUUUGGAAUACCUGCUUGGGUGCUGGAAGCGUGUUGCGAGACAGUCCAAGAGCAUCACCAACAAGAGCGAUCCGAAGUACGAGAUUGUGAGGGAGCUCCGAAGGAUAUGCUUCAACUACGCCAUCUUUGCUGCGACCAUGCCCGACAUGUUCGGCGAGGAACCGCCUCUGGAAAACGCCCUGACCGACCGCUUGCUUCUUGGACCUGAAGACGACAGGGGGAUUUGCUUCGACUUCCUCCAGGAAGCUUGCAACCGUGCUGAGGAUGACGAUACCGCGAAGGAGGCGUUGGUGGGUGCAGUGGAGGACUUGAGCCGGCGGUUAGCAAGAUCGUCCAUGAACAGCGACUACAAGCCACACAUGCUCGCGCUCCGCAGCCUCAUCCGCUUCCCUCCGCUUGUCACCGCUUUGGUGCAGUCGGAGACGUUCCUGCCUGUCGAUAUCGAAGCGCAGAACAUUGAGACUCAGACCUUGCUGGGGCCUUUCUUCCGCCUGUCACCCAUGCAGGGUGAUGUCGCGGUCAACUACUUCUCCGGGGCAGCAGGGGGCGGUGACAAGGCCCUGAUCGCUAAUGCGCAACGAGCCCUCCGCAUGACUCUGCAAACCCACCAGGACGAACUGUUUGACAUUUCAAACACAUUCAUCAAGAACAAGGAUUCACGAGAGUCUAUGCUGAACUGGUUUGCCCUUACUGUGAACAAGAACCACAAGCGCCGAGCUUUGCAGGUCGAUGCGAAGACAGUGUCCUCUGACGGCUUCAUGGUCAACGUCACGGUUGUGCUGGACCGGCUGUGCGAGCCUUUCAUGGACGCCUCCUUCUCCAAGAUCGACCGAAUCGACAUUGACUACCUACGACGAUCGCCACGCGUUGACAUUACGGAUGAAACCAAGAUCAACGCUGACGAGAAGACAUCGGAGGAGUUCUAUGGCCAUAAGGCAGAUGGCACGAGCAACUUCAUCUCCGAGGUGUUCUUCUUGACUGUGGCAGCGCACCACUACGGCACCGAGGCUGCCAACUCAAAGCUCACGUCUUUACAGAAGGAUGUAAAGUGGCUUAAAAAGGAACUCGAGAAGUUUGAGACCGAGCGCCAUAAGUAUGCCUCGAACCCUGGGCAACUGAGAAUUUUCGACGCACAUGUCAAGAGGAUCAAGGACCAGAUUGAGCGCGGCACCUGCACCAGCUAUGCUAUCGCAGGCAUACUCAGUGACGAAACCAUGCAGGCUCGGUCGAUGCAGCUGAUGCGCUAUGUCAUUGUCUGGCUGCUGCGGCUCGUUUCUGGGACUGACUUCCCCAAGACAGACCUGCAGCUGCCUCUGCCGAGCGAACAGUCUCUGGCGUUCCGCUGUCUCCCCGAGUACUUCGUCGAAGACAUCGUGGGCAACUUCAAGUUCAUUACACGCAUGAUGCCUCACAUCAUCACGGGGACUCAGUGCGAGGAGCUCGUCAAGAUCUGCAUUGUCUUCCUGCGGAACUCGGAGUAUAUCAAGAACCCGUACCUGAAGUCAGGUCUGGUGACCAUUCUGUACCAUGGAGUCUGGGAGAUUCCACACCGGCCAAAGGGCGUCCUCGGCGACACUCUUUUUGGAAAUAAGUUCGCCAUGAAGCAUUUGCUGCACGCGCUGAUGCAGUUUUACAACGAAUGCGAAAGCACUGGUGCGCACACGCAGUUCUACGACAAGUUCAACAUCCGAUACGAGAUCUUCCAGGUGAUCAAGUGCAUCUGGCCCAACCCAGUGUACCGGGACAACCUUGCCACAGAAGCACGGGUCAACCUGGACUUCUUCGUGCAGUUCGUCAACCUGCUGCUGAACGACGUCACGUUCGUCCUUGAUGAGUCGUUCACUGCCUUCACCCAGAUCCAUGAAACCGCAAAGGAACUGAAGGCUGAUCCGAAUAUGGAUCAAGCGGUCCGUACAGAGAAGGAGGAGAAGCUCACUGCUGCCCAGAGCAAGGCCAAGAGCUACAUGCAGCUGACCAACGAGACGGUGGCCAUGCUCAAGCUCUUCACAGAAGCGCUCGCCGACUCCUUCACCAAGAAGGAGGUCGUUGUCCGACUCGCACACAUGCUCGACUACAAUCUCGAGGCGCUUGUCGGACCGAAGAAGUCGAGCCUCAAGGUCGACAACCCUGAGGAAUACGGCUGGAAUCCGCGCCAGAUGCUGGCGGAGCUGACCGACGUGUACCUCAACCUGCAGGGCAAGCAGUCGUUUGUCGACGCGGUCGCGACGGACGGCCGCUCGUACCGCCCCGAAUACUGGAUCGAAGCGCACAAGAUCAUGGCCAAGUUCUACCUCAAGAACGAUGUGCAGCUGCAGCAGUGGGAGGCCAUGGCGCGCAGCAUCAGCACGUCGAAGGAGGCCGCCGACCUCGAAGAAGCAGAUCUCGGCGAGUACCCCGACGAGUACACGGACCCGCUCAUGGCGACGCUCAUGGAAGACCCCGUCAUCCUGCCCAUCAGCAAGCAGAUCAUCGACCGCAGCACCAUCAAGAGCCACCUCCUGAGCGACCCGCACGACCCGUUCAACCGCACGCCGCUGAAGAUCGAGGACGUGAUUGCCAACGACGCGCUGCGCGACGAGAUUCUGGCGUGGAAGGCGGAUGUGCUCGCGAAGAAGCGCGCGGAGCGGGUCGCGGCGGCCGAGGGCGAGCGCAUAGAUACUGCGUAGGUGGGGUUAUGACUGCAUGGGUGGUGUUUGGCGUUGGGAGGCAUUCGUUUACGAGAUGAUGCAUUUGCAUUGCAUUGCAGUAUUGCGUAUUGCAGUAUUGCGGUAUUGCACCAGACAGAGAUGAUAGUCGGAAUUGAAUGAUAUUGUUAUUGGUGAUGGG